ACCCCAGAUGAGGAUGGCGGGGUCGGCGGGAGUGCGGUAGCUCGUGCGCGCAGCCCGAACAUCUGUCCCUUCCCCCUCCCCGGCGCUCCGCCCCUCUUACCUCACCUAACCAACCCCCUGUUUUCCGGUGUUGCCAGGCAUGGGGCCGUGAAUUAUGAGAUGAAAUAGAAAUGGAAUUUUGGUAAACAAUUCAGAUUAGGCCUGAAUUUAUCGAUGAGUUAACAUAUUUCCAUGAUGUGUCUGUGGAGUGAGGAUGAGUGAUGCCCCACAUACACGUAUCUUGACGCCGAGGCGUUUCCUGUUUCCUAUUAUACAUUCUCUGAGUCCGGGUAUUUGUAUUCAUAAUCACAAGGCGUCCUUAUGUAUUUUGAAUCCGUGGUGGUACGGGAUUCACACCGCCCUUUGUCUCGCAUGUCGUAUUCUGGUCGUAUUCAGACCCCACUGACUGCACAAACUUAACGUGGCACUACCAACUUCAUAACGUCUUCCUUCACGCCUUGGUGCUGUGUGGCUGUGAUGUGCUCUUCAGAGAGUUGGAAGUGUCUCAGCGUCUCAGCAGGAAACUAAAAUGAAUGAAAAUUAGUAAUCACCAACCCACAAUUGUUUCCGUCCGCCUCCUCUUCCCCUCCCCCCUCACCGUCCUUCUCUGUUCCCCCGCCCCUCCCUUUGCCCGUCCCCUGCCCCCUGCCUCCCCAGCGCGGGCGAGGGGCUGAAGGGGAGGAGCAGCUGUCUUCCCACCACCACAUUCAGCUCGCGCCAGUCUCUAGUCACAGUCCGUUGAGAGAGCACGUCUCAGUACGCGUCCCUGGCCUUCUCUACCCUGCCACGCCGGGACUGUUGAGUGCUUCACUGUGGACUUAAUCAACGAGUUCAAAGGAUCAUGCUUUUCUGUAAUAAGUCUGUGACGCUAAGAAGUUAUACUUACGAAGAGUGAACAGUUUUUAUUAGUGCUUACUUCUGAAAACAGAAAAAACUCCAACAGCGAUUGAGGAGUGAAAGUGCUGCAGUCUUCCAUCCCGCUGCGGAGUGCAUGUUUAGGUUGUGAGUGUUGUGUCACGGCGGCAUCGCCCUGGAUGAGAGUGGCAGCCGGCGCGCCGUGAUGCCUGCCCUGUGUAUUGAGGAGUACGCUUCUGAACCCACUGUCACUUGCUACACAGCGGGACCCAUAUUCAAGAAGAUGAAGGUCCUCAAGAAGUUCAAGAGACGCAUGGGACUAGCCGGUCGGGGGUCAGGGACAACCAACCUUCCACCGCUGACCUUCCAUCCGGUGUGCGGGGACAACGUCCGCAUCGCUAAUGACGGCAAGGUCGCGCGGCGCACGGAGAGCUUCUGUAAGGGCAUCGCCUUCUCCAAUCGGCCCAUCAGGAUCGGCGAGAGGGUGUGCCUGCGGUUGCUGGAGGUCAACAGUAACUGGUCCGGCGUCAUUCGUUUUGGCUUCACGUCCCAGGACCCAGCUGGCCUGCGAGACGCCCUGCCCAAGUACGCCUGCCCUGACCUGACUAAUAAGCCGGGUUACUGGGCCAAGGCACUCAGUGAACGCUUCGCUGAACAGGGCAGUGUCCUCUUCUAUUAUGCGGACUCCACGGGCGAUGUGCAUUUCGGCAUCAACGGUGAGGAGCGCGGGGUGUUCUUCAGCGGCGUGGACACCCGCUCUCAGCUGUGGGGCCUCUUUGAUGUUUACGGAAACAGCACGGCGGUGGAGUUCCUUGACCCCGACGCACAUCUCAACAACCGCGUCAGGAUAGUGAACGACCUGAGCCCCGGGUCCUCGACGGCCAGCUCCCGGGUAGUGCCUCAGGCCCAGCUGCCACCCCCUCAGCCUCAACCGCCCGCCAGGACCGACGCGGGCGUUGAGAGACUACAGCCCUCCAUGGCCCAGUUGGCACUAACACCUCGUGCCCCCGACGCUCUGCCACUGCGGCAUUACACCCACACAGCCUUCACUCCGUUGCCCUUCCACCGUGUACGGGGUCGCAAUGUAAGGUUAAAUAAUGACCGAACCGUAGCGGCACGCACAGAAACUGAGUACUCGCACGGGUAUGUGUUCACAGCGAGGCCGCUGCGGCCCGGCGAGCGCCUGGUGGUGCAGGUGCUGCACGUUGAAGCAAUGUAUGUUGGCGCCUUGGCCUUCGGGCUGACUGCUGCAAACCCUGCAGGGCUCGAAUCCUCUGACCUGCCCGAAGACUGUGACCUGUUGUUGGACCGCCCCGAGUACUGGGUGGUAAGUAAGGACGUGGCCGCCUCCCCGCAGCCUGCCGACGAGUUGGCCUUCGCUCUGUCCCACCACGGCGAGGUGACCUUCUCCCGUAAUGGCGCCGCCCCGCAGGUCUUCAUGCACGUGGACCACACGCUCCAGCUGUGGGCCUUCUUCGACGUGUACGGCAACACCAGCAAGAUCAGAAGCCUCGGCGUGACGCACGACCCGGCGCCUCCUCAGCAGCCAGCCUCCAGCUCUCCUCCACGGCGCCCUGAACCUGUGGCAAGGCAGUCGCACCCCCAGCUGUCACGGGCGUCUCCCUUGGUAGUAAGCCUUCCACCCAGCCCACCCUCCCCGCCUACCUCCCACACCCACUCCGCCUCGCCACCACCUCCCCUGCCAGCGCCGCGGGACCCCAUGAGCGGCCAUGGUACCAUGUCCUCUGUGUACAGUGGCGCCUACAUGGAACCAGUGUCUGCUUCUUCCACCCUCACCUCCCGGGGCGACCUGCCAGUAGGCCCUACCCUGCACGAGUGUACAGUGUGCUACGAGAAGCCAGUGGAUUCUGUGCUGUACAUGUGUGGCCACAUGUGUAUGUGCUACGAGUGUGCGCUGCAGCAGUGGCGGGGGCGGGGAGGCGGCCAGUGCCCUAUCUGCCGCGCCGUUAUCCGGGAUGUGAUCCGCACCUACCGUUCAUGACGGGGCCCUCGCCCACCCCCUUGCCCCUUGUCCCGCCCACUCUCACCCGAGGCCCAACAGGCCUCGGGCGGGGGCAUCGGUGAGGGCGAACCGUGAUACCUGCUCAUACCAAAGGUGGUUGAUACAGUGCCGAGCCUGGCGCCGGCCAGGGCCACGUUGUCUAGUCCCGCCCUGCCGCGCAUACCCUGUAUGUGCCGCGCCCAUGUGUGUGUUUGUGUGUGUGUGUGUGUGUGUGUCCACGCGUGCAGAGUAACGCGUCCUUACCUCUGGUCUAAGUCAGCUGUGGUAGUGUGUACAUAGUGGCCUCGGGAACAGUCACACCCCCGCCCGUGGCCUCUCCUGCCCCCUUCUGUACAUAGCUCGCAGUAACUUAUGGGCCCUGUGCCCCCUUUGUAUGCCCUGUCAUUAUUUUGUACUUGGGUCAUAUGUGAAUAUAUGUUUUUUAUAUUUCCGUCAUUGCAUUGGUCAUUGCUCUUUGGACAGUUUACUGGUGUCUGUCAUUAACAUCAUCACCAUUUAGGUAAAUAAAUAUUUUAAAAUAA